AUGAGUGAAGAAGCUAUAUCAAUUCGUUCAAAAAAUUUAUCAACAGCUAAACAAUCAGAUCUUGAUGUUAAAGAUAUGCCAGAGACAGCAUUUAUUAUAGCGUUUUGUGUCAAGUACGAAAAGUCAAUUCAGCAUUUGUUUUUUUGGCCAGAGGACUUUGAGGAAGCGCUCAGAAGUAAACAUGAAAAUCCAUUGAUAACAUGGCUCCUGCGUUAUUUUUUACAGCAUGCAGAAAAUAGGCCAAAAAUAACCGAUUCACGUAAUUGGAAAAACGCCUUUUCUACCUUUAUUGAUAAACGAAUUGAAAACGAGGAAUUUUUUUUGAAUUACAAUCCUUUAGAUUCUGUAAAUAAUGAUUUCUUUGCUUUAAAACCAAAAAUGAAGGUUUAUCUCCUCUAUUAUUUAGUUAAAUACCAACUUAUUUAUUCUACAAGGAUCAAAGAAUUUUUGGAAGAGCUUAAAUUGUUAUCUAAUACUGAUCCAUUUGAUCCUCUGGCAAUUGAGUCACUGGGUACUGAUAGUGCUAAUGGUAACUUUUUGUAUAUUGGAAUUGGAUCACGUAUUUAUCGUGAAUCUAUUACGUCUUCUGGAAUAAAGUGGGAGGUAAUAUCAACAACAGUAACAGACAUAGCUGAAUAUGUUAAAAAUAAAUUGGAUCCAUCAAGAUCAGAGAAUGAACGUCAACUUCAUGACAAACUUCUUUAUCAAAUAUUGCCUUAUUUAGCCCCAUUAGCAAAGGAACAAACACUUUCUAGAAACGAAAGGUAUGCAAAAAUAAGGGAACGUGAAAUUGCCAAAGGCCGAAAGAAUUUUUGGGCUUGGUCUAAUAAUAUAAUAGUGGACGUUGAGGACGAUGAGGACGAUGCACAAAUAACUAAAAGAAAAAGAAACUC